AUGGAACAAAUAGAGAAUCCAAAUAUUGAAAAACUUGGUUCUCACUAUGCAUUAUUAGUUGCAUUAAAAACCAUGAAUGAACGUUGUCGACAGUUGGAAACAAGAUUAGCUACUGUCGAAGAAGAAAAUAUGUGUUUAAGGCUUGAAUGUGGUAAAGACGAAUCAACAGCAAUUACAAAAGUCAAAACUGAUAGUGAGGAAACUGUUGUACAAACCUUGAAGGAAAAAGUAGAAGAGCUUACAAAGCAGAAGUCUCAACUGAAUCAUCAGAUUCUUAUGGUAGCAGCAGAAAAUCGUCAAUUAUGGAACCGAUUAACAAAAUUAACAAGAACUAAUAAAUCAUUAGGUAGUCAAUUAACAAAAAUUUCUGAUACACUUAAACAACAUUCUCCUGCUCAACCAACAGAUAUUGUAUCUUAUAAUUUUCAAGAUAUAUCCCACUCCCCAAAACAACAAGAUGAUAAUCAACAAUUAAUUACAAGUAACGGUGAAGGGGAACAAAGUUUGGAAGAAAUAUCGUUAAGACUUAUCAACAGCAUUAUGUUAGAAAAAUCAGACCUCGAACAGCAAUAUGCAGAAAUGGUUGAGUUACAAAACAACACUGAAGUAAACUUACAAAAUAUUGGAUUUACUUAUCCAGAAGAUUCUGAUACAGAUUUAGAAUUACUAAAACAACAUGACAUUAGAAUAUCUCAAAUAAAAAAUACAUUAUUAGCACAACAAACUAAGUUAAAGAGGGCACUACAACAUUUUAAAAAGAUGAAAGAAGGAGCGAUGUGUAACAAUUGCCGCAUGAAUGCGAACAAAAAAAUGUGUCAAGCUGGCACGCAAUUCGAUUCAGAUGACAGUUUUAAAGAACACGGUGCAACUCAGACUAGCCUUCAAACUGUGAACCAACCUUUAGAAAGAUGUUCCAAUCCAGCAGAGAAUGCUGAACAAGACAAUAAAAUUUGUCCGUUGUGUGGAUCUUUUUAUGGGAAAGUUACUUCUUUUGCAGAAUUUCAUGAACAUGUUUUGAGUCAUUUUUAUAAAGAAGUAUCUAUAGAUGGUUUUGAGAUUGUUGACUAA